GAUCGUAGUUUGCGUGUCGAAUUUCAGUCUUCAAGCGCAAAAAUCUUUUUCGAUCGCGCGAACACUUCUGAGUCGAAAAUGGCUGGUAAAACAAUUACACGGAAAUCGCUAGGUCGCUCGGCAGCAAUAGGCGAUCUGUACGAUGCAACAACAGAUUCAUUUUGUGAAAAGUCAAUUUUUGGAGAGUUAUUCAAUAGCGAGAUGGAGGUUAAAACCACUGGACAUGCUGUUAUGCUUACGCAAUCCAUUUAUAAUGACGAGAAUGUAUUUAACAACUUCAUGAAAUAUGACGUGGAGCCUGAGCUAGCGGUGAGCGUCUUAUGUGGAUUAGUUCCAUUCUCCUCUUUGAAAGAAAGUGUCACCGGAACCAGCCUAGUUGCUUCACUUUCAUUCACCUACAAAACAAAGACGGACCGUUUGGAUAUGGAGCAGUCGCAUAUUAAACGCUUGAUAAAUGCGAAAAAUGUUGUCGAAAGCAAUGCAACACAUGUUGUCGUGGGGAUCGAUUGGGGUUCGUUUAAUGUUUUGUCUAUAAUUGGUUCAGAGGACGAAGGUCAUAAUGCUGAGGGGCUAAAGGAAUAUCUCCAGAGCAUUAUCCCUAUUAUUUCAACUGGUGCAGUCAAUACUACCACUGAAUCCAAGUACACUCUUCACUUCGAGUCCGACUUAGUCAAUGCUGGUGAUGUGGUUCCAGAAACUAUUGAUUGCGUCGUCUCAUUCAUCAAGAAUAUUCCAAAACGCUUCGAAAACGAACAGAAUGGACAACAAAAAUGUCUCAGCUUUGUACUGUUUCCAUUGGCGUCUCUUGGUAAAGUUGCCUAUUUUGAUUUUACUAAUUUUGCUGUGCAGCCAAUUGAAUCAAAAGUCAUUUGCGCUUUGGGAGAUGUUGUAACUAAAAUAUUUGAUGCCACCACUAAGCUUCAAGUCAUCGAAACAUUGACGGAUAGCAAUGAAUCUUAUGUUCCGAAUAAAAUCAGAAAAAUCGUCAAAAUGAAGAAAGCAAUAAUCGACAAAACGAUGAAAAACAUUGCAGAUUCCUUGGUGAAAGUUCGAAAAGGAAUUUGCACUACAUUUGAAUUUCAAUUCAUUGAGGAAACGUUUCACGAAUCGUCGACCGUUUUAGAUCAAUUCUUCAGUGAAAUACAGCCCUUUGUUGAACGCAUUCAUUUCAUGAAUCAUGUGACAAAUCUGGGUGCAUUCUACAUUGGAGGUAGUUCAAGCUUCGAAGAGGCGCGUCGUAAAAUAAAGCCAAACGACGAGUUUUAUGUCCUGUUUUACGUUUACAAACAGGACGAUGAAAUUACAUCGGAAAACAUGGGUCUGUUCAAUGAAAUCUUGAAAGGAAAAGUUGCUUGCUUCGUAGCCGAUUUGGGUAUGCAACCUGAUCUAGCUGUAAAAGAGGGUGUUCCUGAGGGUAUAAGAAUUUGUCACUUUAUUCAAAAUGGUUACAAGGAUGUCGACGUGUACAAGACUUUCAAGGUCGAUCGAGAGUUCAAUUUGAUCAGAUCAAUUUGCAAAAUGCAGCCAGUAGCAAACAAGCCUAGAAAACGAGCUCUAAUCUAUCUCGUAUGUCCAGGUUCAUUACACGGUGAAUGCAGUAAUGAGAAGCAGCAAUGGAUGUGUGAAAAAUGUAAAUCAACCGUGGAGUAUGGUUUCGACGAAAUGUUCUAUUGUGACUGUGGUAAAGAGUUCUUGAAUACAUGUGAGUUCCGGUGCAGGGAUGUGAAUCACGGAAACAAUUUCAUUGCAUUCGAUACACACAUUUUGAAGUCAAAAUUGAAUGAAAUCGAAAUAGUACCGGAAGUAAACAUCCUCGUACUGGGCGAAACUGGUGUUGGUAAAUCCACAUGGAUCAAUGCUAUAGCCAACUAUUUAACGUUUCCGACUUUAAAAGAAGCGACCGAUGUAAACGAGAUACUCUGUCUCGUACCAACAAAAUUUGUGCUUCUGGAUGAGAACUGCAAAGAAAGAGUGGUGUCAAUUGGUUCGUCCAAAAAUGAGGAAACGCGAGCAGGUCAGGCGUGCACACAGUAUCCAACAAGUCACCUUGUCACCAUUGGCAACGAACGAAUACGAAUUAUUGAUACGCCAGGAAUAGGCGAUCCGAGAGGAGUGGAGCAAGACAAGAUAAACGUCGACAACAUUUUGCGGUUUGUUAGUGGAUUGGAGGAAAUACAUGGAAUAUGCUUGUUGUUGAAGCCGAACAAUGCCAGACUGACAACAUUCUUCAAAUUUUGUGUCAAGGAAAUUUUGGCCCACCUACACAAAAGUUCUGUUCACAAUCUCCUGUUUUGCUUCACAAACACACGAUCGACAUUUUACAAGCCUGGUGACACGUACCCCGCGUUGAAGGAGUUGUUAGCCGAAAUCAACGCAAAUCUGAGCAAAAAAUCCAGAGGAAAGGCGUGUGAAAUAGUUUUGGCCAGUGAGACAAUGUUUUGUUUGGAUAACGAAGCGUUCCGAUUCCUGUGUGCAAGACGAAACAACAUCGAUUUCACGCCAGAAGAUUUCCAGAAUUUUUCAUUGAGCUGGGACAAAUCUGCUGUCGAGACGCAACGCAUGCUCAACUUCAUCAAAUGUCGGAAACCGCACAAGGUCAAUGACACAAUGUCGAUAAACGAUGCUCGCAAUACAAUUUUAACAUUGGCUCGACCGAUGGCGAAAAUUUCGGAUAAUAUUGCAGCGAACAUCAGAGUUGCAGAGAACCAGAAGAAAUUCACCGAGACCUUGGACGACGAAAAAUUGAAGCUUGAAAAGAAUCGUCUCGUUCAACAGAUUCAAAUAACCACGGUCCAGAUCGAUUAUCCGAAAACGGUGUGCACCAAUUCCCACUGUGUAGAAGUAAGAUUGAUUCCAGGUACAAGUCAGAACAUGAUCAUUUACAGAACCGUUUGUCAUGAUCAUUGUUAUCUGAAAGGUGUUAACGUUGAGACUGUUGGUGCACCGGAACUCCAAAGAUGUUCUGCAAUGAAUGGCAUCAGAUGCAAUAGAUGUGGUUGUCCAUGGCAGAGUCACAUGCACAUCACAUAUAAUUUUGAAGAGAGCAUGGUAACUGUACCGAAUGUAUCGGUUGAAAAGAUGAUUAAGGAAAAUGUAGCAGCCAAACUCGUUAAAGAGCAAAUGAUUUUAACCCUUGAACAAACCAUUGAACAGUACCGAUUGGAACAGAAUGAAAUCUUGGAAGUAAGUUCACAGUUCGGUUCAUUACUACAACAGCACGCUAUCAUUCCCUAUAAUGAUGCUUUCGAGUCACAUGUCCGACACGAAUUACGUCUGGCGUCUGCUGAAGCGUCUAUAUCACCGGAUUUGGCGAAAAAGAAAGAUGACCUAGAACGACUCUUGAACGAAUAUUUAGAAAAGAAGCGUUUAUUGGACGACGCAAUGGUAAAGAACGUAAAUGCCGAUAUUACGGUCGACAACGUUGACGCACUAAAAGAUCAGUUGAUGAAUUUGAAAUUGACUGGAGAAUCUUUUCAAAAUUGUUUUCAAACUGCGGCUAAUGCGCAGUCCCAUUCGUUUGAUUAUGUCGAAAGACCUAUAAACAUUCACAAACGGAACCGAAGUCAUUUCAAAAAGACUUUCAGUUACAUUAAAAGUAAGGCCUCUCGUUUCUUCACAUACUAUUCAUAUUAAUCUUUACUUUUUUGCUUUUUUUACCACUGUAUCGUUGCACGAUAAAUUUUUCUUUUGUUUUUUUGAAUUUAUUGAAUACUUUGAAGUUUAAAUAAAGAAUUUUAUAAGCAGUACCAAAAGAAACGUCUUGUCAGUUUU